AUGUCGAGUGAAGAAAGCUACUUGGCCAUCAUUCGCUAUCUGACCGAUGAACGGGAGCCGUACGCGCCGGGGACUCCCGGGAACACCAAGAGGAAGAUACGCAAAGCGGCGACUUGCUACGUGGUGCGGAGCGGGACUUUGUUCUACCAGCGCCGGCUGAAGGGCCAGAACGACUUCACGGAGCUGGAGGUGGUGCUCCAGGACGGCCGGAGGAAGGAACUUAUCACCGAGGCGCACGUUAUCACCGAAGGAGGGGACCACCUGAACCAGCAGCUGACCUGGGAGAGCAUCUCCCAGAAGUACUGGUGGAGAGGUAUCCUGAAGCACGUCAAAGACCUCAUCAGAGAGUGUCCUCAGUGUCUGAACAGACGCAGCACCGAUGACUGCUCCGGGUCUCGACUCUUCUCCCGGCCGGGGCGACGCAGGGCGGCUGCCAACACGAACGAGGAGGAGGACGAGGAAGAGGAGGAAGAAGAGGGAGAUAGUUUAGUCUUCACUGACUCGUCUUGUCAACUGAGAUCCAAGACGAUGGCCAAACACGAACUCGUCUUUGUGGACAGUAAAGGUGAGGUGAACCAGUUCCUGCCCAAACACAGCCAGACCAUGUUGGACAAACUCAACCAGCAGCGCCUCAGUAACCAGUUCUGCGACAUCACGCUGCUCAUUGAAGGAGAAGAGUACCGCUCUCACAAAGCCGUGCUGGCGGCGUGCAGCGAAUACUUCAACGAGCUGUUCUUUGAGAAGGGCGCCGCCUCCACACACGAAGCGGUGGUCGACCUCUCCGGUUUCACCAAAGUCAGCUUCCUCCCGCUGCUGGACUUUGCGUACACCUCCAUGCUCACGUUUAAUUUCUGCGUCAUGGCAGAUAUCGCCAACCUGGCUCGCCAUUUGCUGAUGACAGAAGUGCUGCAGAUCUGCGAGUCUGUGCACAAGAAGGUGGAGGAGCAGAAGCUGACGGUGUAUCAAAGAGGAGACGUGCACACGGUGGUGUCGAGCCAGCCGGCCGCUCCGGAGGGCUCAAAGGACGAGUCCUUCGUGGUCACCAUCGAGAGCGACGGCAGGGCGGUGGUGACGCAGAGCGGGGUCGCUGUGAGCGGCGAUCCCUUGGCGUUCAUCGCAGCUUCCGACGAGACGUUCAUCCAGCAGCCUGUGACGGUCGUCACGGAAACUGUAGAGGGAGACGAUCACGGGGAGGCCGGACACACCGAGAGGGUGACUCUGAUCGCUCACGGCGGACAGGCCGAGCCGGGAGAGACGGUCACGCUGAUGUCACGCGGUGCGGACGACGUGGAGGGGGAGACGAUGACCGUGGUCACUCACAGCGGGCAGUCCGGAGCCAGCGAGUCUCUGGCCGUGGUGUCGGCCUGCCUGGCGAUGGAGCAGCCUCAGGUCGCCGAGGCGGCGGGAGCCUUCGUUAUAAAUGUGGACCCGGACAAAGUCAGCCCCUCGGAGGUCGUCAAACUGGCCUCUGAAGCGGUGGCAUCGCCUCAGGAGAAGGCGGAGCCGGCACCUACGCCGCAGAAACGUAAGCGGGGCCGUCCAGCGAAGGUGAAGAAGGAGGUGGAGGUGGAGGAGUUCGUGCCGCUGGAGGAGGAGGAUCCGUCCGCUGACGAGAGCCACGGAGACAAGCAGGAGUCAGACGAGCCCAACAAGCGGCGCCUCAGGCAGCGCUCUAUUGCCGAGGGCGGGUAUGCACGUUUACACAUGGGGCUGGAGGAGGAAGAGGAGGGGAAGAAGGCUUCAACGCCACCGCGCCCCAGCACCCCGAAGGCGGCUCCGAGGCCGGGGAAGAGGGGAAGACCGCCGAAGCAGCCAGCGGAGCCUCAAGGUGACGGACAGUGCACGUCAGAGCCGGGGGCGGACCCAGACGUCGGCGCAGCGGAGAGUGUGACCACGACAGGAGAGCUCAGCACAGACGAGGCCGGGGCGAAGGAGGCGGAGCCUGAGACCGGCGCCAAGCAGGCGCAAACCCCGGCAGAGAGCGCCGCGGAGGGAGAGCACACGUGCUCCGAGUGCGGCGUGUCCUUCCAGAGACGCUACGCUCUCAUCAUGCACACGCUAAAGCACGAGAAAGCACGCGGAUACAAGUGCAGCCUGUGCAGUAAGGAGUUCCAGUACGCCGCCUCGCUCCGUGCCCACCUGGCCCGACACAAGCAGCAGAGCAGCCAGCGAGCGCCCAUCAUCAAACCCUCCGCGGAGCAGAACUCCGAGGGCAAGUUGGACGGCGACUUGGAGGACAAGACUUUACCUCCGAACACCAAGAGAGAAUUUGUGUGCGACAUCUGCGGGAAGACGUUACCGAAGCUCUACUCGCUGCGCAUCCACAUGCUGAACCACACAGGUGUGCGGCCGCACGCCUGCAAGGUCUGCGGGAAGACGUUCGCCCACAAACACAGCCUGAAGAUGCACCGAGCGCUGCACGACGUCACCAAACAGUUCCAGUGCGAGUUCUGUAAGAAGUCCUUUGUGAGCAAGCGGAGCAUGGAGGAGCACACCAGCCUUCACACGGGUGAGUCAAAGUACCUUUGCAACACGUGUGGAGCGACUUUCCAUCGAGCGUCGGCGCUGAGCAAACACCUGAAGAAGCAUCAGCCCAAACCAGACGUCCGCCCGUUCGCCUGCGCUCACUGUGAUAAGAGGUUCUAUGAAGCCAAAGAUCUGCAGCAGCACAUGAACAAGCACAUGGGCCUGAAGCCGUUCCAGUGUCAGGUGUGUGGGAAGUGCUACAGCUGGAAGAAGGACUGGUACUCUCACGUCAAGUCGCACAGCGUGGCCGAGCCCUUCAAGUGUAAUGUGUGUGGGAAGGAGUUCUUCGAGAAGGCUCUGUUCAGGAGGCACGUGAAGAAAGCCACUCACGGGAAGAAAGGCCGAGUGAAGCAGAACCUGGAGCGAGAGUGUGAGCAGUGUGGCAGGAAGUUCACUCAGCUGCGAGAGUACAGGCGCCACAUCAACAACCACCAGGGAGUGAAGCCAUUCGAAUGUCUGACCUGUGGCGUCGCCUGGGCGGACGCACGUUCUCUAAAGCGCCACGUCCGCACGCACACAGGAGAGCGACCGUACGUGUGCCCGAUGUGCCAGGAGGCGCACAUCGACGCACGCACUCUGCGCAAACACAUGGCCAAGUAUCACGGGGACAACCUGCCGGGGAAGAUCAUGCUGGAGAAGGACACCCUGCAGUUCCACAACCAGGGCACGCAGGUGGAGCACGCCGUCAGCAUCCUGGCGUCCGAGCUGCCCCCCGAGCUGCGGCCGGCGCGGCAGCCGCCCUCGGAGCAGAUCGAGACGGUGCUGAUCACGGAGGAGACGGUGGAGGCCGUGGAGGCCGUGGAGGCUGUGCAGGCGGUCACCGACGGCUCGCUCGCCACGCUCUCGGAUCAGGGCAUCAUGCAGGUCGUCAACUACGUCCUAGCGCAGCAGGCGCUCACAGACCCGAAGCUGGAGGACGCACCCGAAGUGAUCGAGACCAUGGAGGUGGAGGUCGCUCACGUGGCCGAGGUGGAGUGACGCCAGGGCGCCAACACAGACUGACUCGUACCAGAAUAUAAAAAGAUGAAUAUUUUUCUGUGAAUGUAAAUAAGUUGAACCAUGAGUGGAGUGUGUGUCACACACACACACACACACACACACACACACGUUGUAAAUAACGCCACACACCCACAUGAGUUACAGAUCGAUGGCGUUUGGCUCGCAGGAGGAAUAAAGUUAGAAGUGAAUAAAACUGAAUGUUUUUCA